AUGGCUCCCGCUCGCACGCACGCAGCGUCCACAGCGACGCCCAAAGGCCAGCGAUGGGCCGACACACUCGAUCACGCCCGCCGUCUCGCGCUCUUCUCGCACCCGCACCCGGGCCUCGCAAAGGGCGGAGUCAACACGGCUGGUGUUGGACAGGCCGGGCUCAAGAAUGCGGCGGCGGCGGUCGAGGCGGGAGGAGCGAGCGCCGGGCAGGGAGCGGCGGGAGGACAGGGUGCGGAUCCCAAGGCGCAGGGGUUCGCAGAGUGGAAGGAGGUGUUGCGCAAGUUUAGGAAGCACAAUCCGACCAGGGAAGUCACCGCUUCCGCCGCCAACGCCGACCAAAUCACCCACGCCCUGCUCGCAAAAGUCCUCGCCCGUUCACCGCCCUCUGCCGCGAUUGACAUCGACGCCGUCCCGCCUCUCCCUCCCUUCAUUCCCGCUCACGACCGCCCUCCAGCCCUUACCGCCCUCGAGACACUGCAAAAUUCGCUGCGGAAUGUUGGGGGUGCGUCGCAGAUUGAGGUCGACUCGGCGAGGAUCGUGUUGGCGCAGGGACGGUUCGCGGUCGGAGAACCGCAGGAGGCGUUGGCGGUUCUGAGGCAGGUCGAGUACCGGAACUUGCCGCACCUUGGCGAAGGAGAGGGUUAUGACUUGACGCUUCGGGUGGUCUUGAAUCUCGUCGAAGGCUACGCCCUCGAAUCCCUCGGCGAGCGGGAACCAGCACUCUCUGCAUACGAGAACGCCUCGCAGACGUAUCAGCAAGCGGUCGACGAGCUCGCCCGGUCAUCAGGCGGCGACAAAGACGAUAUCUCCCUCCACCGCGCCGGCGGUGCCGCUCUUUUCCGCCUUUCCCUCCUCUCUCGAAUCAUGCCCUCCUCUUCCCUCUCGACCUCCUAUACCGCCCACCAGCGCUACCUCCACCGCUCCGCCUCUUUCUCCCGCGCCCCGCUCGCUUUCCCGGCUUACCAGCGCCUCCCGAUCCAUCGCUCAUUCCGCUCGCUUCAAGUCCUGCUCAAUAGGCAUGAUGCGGCGUUGACGGCGCAGAACGACAAGGCGGAGGAGAGGCUCAUAAGGGAGAGUACGAGUCUGCCGAAGGCUGGGGAGACGAAUCGGGUCUACCUCAAAUUCCUCGACGAGGUCGUCGAAGGUUGGAGACGGCGAGGUGCGCGGAAGGAUGAGGCGGGAGACGUCAUCGAGAUCCUCUACAACGCCCUCACGCACACCUUCCAGUCCCAGCUCCUUCUGCGCCACCUCAUCCGCGCCCUCACCGUUGCAGGCCGCUACGACGAAGCCUCCAAAGCCCUCGCACUCUACCGCGAGUUGUGGGACAAGGCGCGCGAGACGGAUGCCAAGGAGGUCGCGAGGGAGAUGAAGAAACUGAGAGCCAAAGCUUCCGUGCAGGAGGUGGGCGAGAAGGGCGAGAAGGGCGAGAAGGAGGGGCUGGUGAACGGCCACGGCGCGCACGAGCUCGACGAUGCGGUCGACGUCGACCCGUACGCGACGGAUAUCGACGCUGACGCAGUCUUCAUCGACACGCUCAUCUAUGGCGUCCGCUUGUUGUGCAAGUUUUUGGACUGGCCGCAGGUGGCAGUUGAGCUGGCGAAGCGCGCAAGGGAGGUGUUUGAUGAGGGACGGGACGAGCGGUUGAAGGAAUACAAGGUGCUAGAGGCGAGGAUUGAGCGGACGCUUGGUGUUGCACUAGGCGCUCUCGCCGCCAAGGAGGCCAACCCGGCUCACCGACCAACACAGCACUCCGAUGCUCUCCAGCACCUCUCGAAUGCCGUCGCGCUCGACCCAUCCUCCUACCUCUCCUUCUACUCCCUCGCCUACCAGCUCCUCGAGCUCCGCCAAGUCUCGCCAGCACUUGACGCAGCCCGCCAAGCCGUCCAGCUCAACAAGCAGAGCAAGGAGGCAUGGCACCUGCUCGCUCUUUGCGUCUCGGCGCAGAAGGACAUGCAGGGUGCGCUGGAGGUCCUCGAGACGGCGCUCGAUAUCGAUGGCGCGACGGAGGACGACGACACGGCCGAGACGUUGAACGGCGACGCGAACAGGCCGAAUGGUCAUGCUCGCGGUGCAAGAUCGCUCGCCGUCCAGGACCAGUGGGACAGCCCGACGGACGAGGUGGAGCAGCUCGCGACCGAGAUGCAGCUUCGCCUGUCGAAGAACACGGUUGUCGAGUACCUCGAGGGCGCGGCGGCCGCAUUGUCCGACCAGCAAGACGUCCUCGCCUAUUUCUCGGCGGCGUAUCCGCAUAUCGUCAUCACGUCGCCAGCCGCGAACGGUGGAGCCGCUCAGUCUCGCAGCCGGACUACGGAAGGCCGCGACCUCGCUCCGCCCGUCUCGAACGCUGGCGGUGGAACCGUCAGUCGCGCGGCAUCGAUCGUCAGCCGCCGCAAAAGUGUCAAGCGCCAGUCGCAGGCCAUCCAUGGCGCUCCCGUUCCCCCUGCGCUCGCGUCCGACUCGCUCAACGGCUCGAUGGCGAACUUGUCGGUCAACGGCGACGCAUCGCCUGCGCAAUCAACGGGCUCCGCCGGACGACCCUCAGCUGCUGCAAGUCCCCGUGCGACGAAGCUUCUUGUCGAUGCGUGGCUCGCAAGCGCCGCAUCGUUCCGCCGGGCCGGCAAGCUCGACGAAGCUAAGGGCGCGAUUGGCGAGGCGGAGAAGCUGGACCCCGAAGACCCGGACGUCUGGGCGCAGCUCGCUUUGCUGUUCCUGACGCUGGGUGAGAAGGGCAAGGCGCGCGACACACUCAUGAAGGCGCUCUCGUUCAACCCGCAACACCCGCCUUCGCUCAUCGUCUUCUCGCGACUGUACCUCACCCCGCUCAACGAGUCUGCCUCGACCCCGACCGUCUAUGCCGCCGCCCCGCCUCCUCCCCCCUCCCAUCUCACCUCGCCCAACCCAGCCUCAAGCGAGACCUCAAAACCCGAAAAGUCCUGGAUCGCCCUGCAACUCCCCCUCGCCGAAUCGAUGCUCGACACGCUCACUCAGCACGCGGGGUGGGACUCUCCCGAAGCCUGGUUCGAGCUGAGCAAGUGCUACAAGCUCACGGGUCGCCAGGCGAGGGAGGAGGAGUGCCUCGUGUGGGCGUUGCAGUUGGAGGAGACGAGGCCCGUGAGGAACCUACAAAAGGCCGUGCAGCGGUGUCUGUAG